CAGACUCCCCUGGACCCAGCUGUGUCUCCAUGAAGAGUGACCGCUCUAUGGGGGAACUUCGAAGGAUCCGUUCUGAAUUUGUGAAGGGAGUUUCAGAACCAGCUAUCAAAGGUCUCCUGGAUGACCUUUGGCAGCAGAAGGUGUUCAGUUCUGAGGAAAAGGACUACGUGAUGGCCGAGAGGACCAAAGCAGACCAAGCACGUCGUCUGAUCGACAUGGUGAUCGGUAAAGGGGAGAGAGCAAGUCAAGCGAUGAUUGAUAGUAUGAAGAAGAGGGACCAACACUUAUGCUCCACCCUGGGUCUGAUCUCUUCUCUUGCUGGUGUGGGAUCUGCUGCUGAGGAGUGCCAACGUGAAAUCAAGUCUCAUUUGAAGGACAAGUUAUGGUGUGUGUUUGAGGGAAUCGCUAAAGCAGGACAUUCAACACCUCUGAAUGACUUCUACACAGAGCUCUACAUCACAGAGAGAGGCAGUGGAGAGGUCAACAAGGGACAUGAGGUCAGACUGAUUGAAACAGCUUCCAGGAAACCAGUCAAGGAGGAAACAUCAAUAAAAUGUGGAGACAUCUUCAAACCCUUACCUGAAAAAUGUAAACCAAUCAGGAAAAUAAUGACAACUGGAGUGGCUGGCAUUGGUAAAACCAUCUUAACACACAAGUUCACUCUGGACUGGGCUGAAGGCAACGCCAACCAAGACAUACACUUCACGUUUCUCUUCACUUUCAGAGAGCUGAAUUUACUAAAAGGGACAGAGUUUAGCUUGGUGGAACUUCUUCAUCAUUUCUUUAUUCAGACCAAAGAAGCAGGAAUCUACAGAUAUGACCCGUUCCAAGUUGUCUUCAUCUUGGAUGGUCUGGACGAGUGUCGACUUCCUCUGAACUUCCAGAACAACCAAAUCUGGACUGAUGUCACAAAGUCCACCUCGGUGGACGUGCUGCUGACAAACCUCAUCAGGGGCAACCUGCUUCCCUCUGCUCGCAUCUGGAUAACCACACGCCCUGCGGCAGCCAAUCGGAUCCCUGCUGAGUGUGUUGACAGGGUGACAGAGGUGAGGGGUUUCACCGACUCACAGAAGGAGGAGUACUUCAGGAAGAGAUUCAGAGAGGAGACACUGGCCAACACAAUCAUCGCCCACAUCAAGAAAUCACGAAGCCUCCACAUCAUGUGUCACAUCCCAGUCUUCUGUUGGAUCACUGUUAAAGUUCUGAACGACUUCUUCAAAUCAUCCCAGCUAGGAGAAGAGAUGCCCAAGACCAUGACUCAGAUGUACAGCCACUUCCUGAGGUUUCAGUCCAUGCAGGGGGGCAGGAAGUAUCAUGGGAGAGCUGAAACAGAUCAACACUGGAGUCCAGAGAGCAGGAAGAUUAUUGUUUCUCUGGGAAAACUGGCUUUUAAGCAACUUGAGAACGGCAACCUGAUCUUCUACGAGGAAGACCUUGCAAAGUGUGACAUCAAAAUCAAAGAAGCCUCAGAGUACUCAGGAGUGUUCAACCAGGUCUUUAAAGAGGAGUAUGGGCUGUACCAGGAUAAUGUGUUCUGCUUUGUCCACCUGAGCAUCCAGGAGUUUCUGGCUGCCCUUUAUGUCUUUAUGUCAUUCAUCGACACUGGGAUCAAUCUGCUCUCAGGACAACCACAAUUCCACUGGUCUAUUUUUCCUAGAAACAAAGGAAAUGUCAAACUCUACCAGAGUGCUGUGAACAAGGCCUUAAAAAGUGAGGACGGACGCCUGGACUUGUUCCUCCGCUUCCUCCUGGGCCUCUCUCUGGAGACCAAUCAGAACGUCCUAAAAUGUCUGCUGGGAAAGACAGUAAGUAGCUCAGAGACCAGUAAGAAAAUGGGCUCUUACAUUAAGAAGAAGAUAGGUGGAGAUCUCUCUACAGAGAAAAAAAUCAAUCUAUUCCACUGUCUGAAUGAGCUAAACGACCGUUCUCUAGUGGAGGAGAUCCAACAGUACCUCAAAUCAGGAAGACUCUCCAAAGAAUAUCUCUCUCCUGCUCAGUGGUCAGCUCUGGUCUUCAUCUUACUGUCAUCAGAAGAGGAGCUGGACGUGUUUGACCUGAAUAAAUACUCUGCUUCAGAGGAGGGUCUUCUGAGGCUGCUGCCAGUGGUGAAAGCCUCAAAAACAUCUCUGCUGAAUGGCUGCAGUUUGUCAGAGAGAUGCUGUGAAGCUCUGGCCUCAGUUCUCAGCUCCACCUCCUCUAGUCUGAGAGAGCUGGACCUGAGUACCAAUGAUCUGCAGGAUUCAGGAGUGAAGCUGCUCUCUGCUGGACUGAGGAGUCCACACUGUACUAUGGAAACUCUAAGCCUCAAUGGCUGUAAUCUGUCAAAGGAAUGCUGUGAAGCUCUGGCCUCAGUUCUCAGCUCCAAGUCCUCUAGUCUGAAAAAGAUGGAACUGAGUACCAAUGAUCUGCAGGAUUCAGGAGUGAAGCUGCUCUCUGCUGCACUGGGGAGUCCACACUGUACACUGGAAACUCUCAGCCUCAAUGGCUGUCAUCUGUCAAAGGAAUGCUGUGAAGCUCUGGCCUCAGUUCUCAGCUCCAAGUCCUCUAGUCUGAAAAAGCUGGAACUGAGUACCAAUGAUCUGCAGGAUUCAGGAGUGAAGCUGCUCUCUGCUGCACUGGGGAGUCCUCACUGUACACUGGAAACUCUCAGGUCAGUUUCACUCAAUGGUCAAACAGUUCCACCACAAUUUCCACAUCAGAGGACCAGUAUUGAUCUGCUGUGCCCCAGUAAAAUCUCACUUCUGAGUUUUAACAAGAUCCGUAUUUGGCAGGGGAUUAAUUUAGAUUGAUAUUAACGAUAAAACAAUGGAUUAUUUUCUAAUCCACAACGUCAAAGCAACACAGUUUAACCCAAAAUACAAGCUGAGGCGCGCACCUUGCGGUCAGGGUCCGUACACUGCGGCGUGCACAUUACUGUAGGUGCACGGCAGUGUGCAUGUCUCAGCCGGUGCACCGCGGCGCUCGCGCAGCAAUCCGUUGAUCCUGGUUCAUUUGAUAGUCUGAUGGAUAAAUGCUGCUUGUUAAAUCGAUUGUUGCCAUGUAUUCUUUAUUUUACAUUUCCAACCCAUGCAUGUUCUGUAAUUAAAAUAAACAUUUCCCUGAUGUACACACAGCGUUGUUUAGUUUUUUUUAGUCAGAGAAGCUACGUAGGCAGUGUAUACCGUAUAUCAACCCCCGUUUUGAGUCACUGGAUCCACCCCCCCUCUGCGCUCCGGGACGUCCCACUUUACAAAUUAACGUAAGCACUGAUAGGGGGUCUGUU